AUGUGGAACUUGCGGUCCCGAGUUUGGAGGCGUCGGGUCAUUGAAUCCGUUCGCCUUCCCCAGCAUUGGAAGCUUCGUGGCGGAGCCCUUCGCCCCUGGUGCACCUUCGCUGAGCUCAGCGAGGAUGCCGCCAGCGCCGAUCCCGCCUCCGCUGCCGAGCUUUUCAGGCCCGAGCCUCCUCGGAGGGAGUUUCAACUUUGGAGGGUUUUCGCUGCCGCCUCCGACUGGCUCCUUUGUGGCAGAUGCCACGGCCCACGCGACGGCCCAUGCGGCCAGCCUAAGUGGAGGACAAAGCCCGGCGGCCGAAUUGCCCAGUGGUGGAUUGGGGCCAUCACCCAGCCCUGCUCCGCCAAAUCUGGCAUCAAAGGAGAAGGCCGCAGCGCAAGAAGGUCGCGUGGACCCUCAGCCGGCGCCGAAAGCGGAAAAGACGAAGCCAACGCAGAAGACCAAGAAACGAAGGAGCGCUCCCAACAUCAACACAACAUGUUCCCGAGCCAUGGACCAGGCGUACCAUGGCAUUUGCGAGUACCGUCACACGGCUGGAGCGAAACUCUCGCGGGUAUUCGUGGUCGCGGUCAAAAACGCUGA